ACAGACUGAACCCUGAAACCUUCACGGAGGCUGGAUUCAUCACAGCAGUGGUGUUCCUAAUAAACUGAGUGUCAGAUCAGACUGCGGACACCGGAACUCUGAGUCCCGUAUUUCCGACAGCAGUGAAGGCAGCAGAGCCGCAGUGCUGCAGACAGACAGACAGACAGACAGGAGGACCACAUCUGACGGACCACAUCAGACCCUGUGACUCGCACAAAGACCGGCUCGUUGACUUAUUCAUCGUCGGUAAAUUAACGGGUCGUCGCCGGUAUGAACACGGAGGAGACCAACGUGGAUCUGCAGGAGACCAAAGAUGCUGAGCCGAAGGAUGCGGCGGAUCCGCCUCAGGUCGCCGCGGAUGCUGAUGCGACGGAGGCCGACGUGAGCGAGGCGGACCUGGACCAGGAGGAUCAGGAGAAGCAGCCGAUGACCGGAGGAGACCGGGACCAGGAGGCUCAGUCUGCCGGAGGAGACGCGGCGGCGGCGGAGAAGAACGGCUCCGUGAAGCUGAAGAUCCCCGAGGAGGAGGAGGAGGAGGAGGAGGUGAAGUUCACCGGGCUGAGCAAGGAGGAGCUGCUGCGGGUGGCGGGGACCCCGGGCUGGGUGAGGACCCGCUGGGCGCUGCUGGUGGUGUUCUGGCUUGGCUGGUUGGGGAUGCUGGCCGGAGCGGUCCUCAUCAUCCUGCAGGCUCCUCGCUGCAGAGAUCUGCCCACCACCAACUGGUGGAACAACGGCCCGCUCUAUCAGAUUGGAAACAUCCAGGCCUUCACCGACGCCCGCAACCUGAAGGGUCUGGAGCAGAAGAUCGACCGUCUGUCUCAGCUGAAGGUUAAAGGUCUGGUGGUUGGACCGAUACAUGUGGCUCCAUCUGAUGAAGCCAUGAGCCUGAGGUUUGAAGAGAUCUCCCCUGAGGCCGGAAACCUGGAGCAGUUUAAAGGUUUCGUUCAAGCUGCUCACAAGAAGGGAAUCUCUGUGGUUCUGGAUCUGACUCCAAACUACCAGGGCUCAUCUGGACCCUGGUUCUCCAACAUCAGUGUGACGAACGUCGCAGAGAGAUUGAAGUCUGCUCUGGUGUUCUGGCUGAAUGAAGGUGUGGAUGGUAUCCAGCUGUCGGGGGUGGAGCGUGUAUCCACUGUGGUGCCGUCUCUGUGGGCCGACAUCCGAGCCAUCGUCCAGAACGAGACAGAUGACCGUCCCAACAAGAGAGUCCUGAUCGGCAUCACAGACCGAUCCUCGGCCGACGAUGUGUCCUCCCUCCUCUCCUCCACUGGCGUUGACCUCCUCAUCUCCAGAGUCCUCCGUCCCACAGACGCCGACGCCGCAGAGCGUGCUCAGUCCAUCCAGCGCUUGUAUUCGUCCCACAACCAGACGAAGCUGGCCUGGAGCUUGGGGGGUCGGGCUGAGGGUCACCUGGCGUCACUGGUGGGCCCGGCGAUGGUUAAACUGCACCAGCUGCUGCUGCUCACGCUGCCGGGGACGCCCGUCUUCAACUACGGAGACGAGAUCGGACUGAUGGACGAGGACAACAAGUUUCCCAAGAUGCUUUGGGACUCUGAUGAGGAGCUAAAUGGGACUCUACAGGAGGAGAGGGCUGAGCGUCUGUCCUGUCGCAGCUUCUUCCACAGUCUGAGCGAGCUGCGAGGUAAAGAGCGCUCCCUGCUGUUCGGAGACUUUGUCCUCCUCUCUAACUCCUCCUCCUCUCUAGCAUAUCUGCGGAUCUGGGACCAGAGCAAGCGUUACCUGGCCGCCUUCAACUGGGCGGAGGAGGUGACGGUGCUGCAGCUGAGUGACACGGCUCUGCCCCGGCAGGCGACCGUUGUUCUGAGCACCAACAGCAGCGUCCUGCCUGUGGACAGCAGCGUGGACCUGACGAACCUGCAACUCGGCCCCGGGCAGGCCGCGCUCCUCAUGUUUGCCUACACUGGAUAGAGGUGGUCAGAGAGUGGAUUCAGUUUUACCUGUAGAAAAAAAGAUGAUUAAAGCCCCAUUCAGACUGAGGAUAUCAUCAUCUCUGAUCAUCCAGAAUAAAGCUCAGAGAAAACAGAGGCUGCAGAACUCCAUUCAGAAUCUUCCUGUUUUUAAGUUCAGUAUCACAUUAAUCCAGUGAGAGUGGUCUGAACAUCCAUGGGUUCACUGACAACAGGAGAUGAUCACAGUGAAUUCUGCUGCUGUUAAUGAGACAGUUUGAAUGAAAACUGCAGAGCUUCCUGUUGCUGACUGAACAGCAGCCCAUGUGAUGAGCUCUAACAGGGCCUUACUCUGUUGGUGUCAGCAGAAACAUUUCCUCCAUUUUCACACAGAAAUGUCACAUUUUACCCUUAACUGAUAAAAUUUAAUCAAAUAAAAACUAUAAUAGACUGUAAUAAUGAACUCCUCCUCCUCAGAAAUCCAGUCCAUGUGGGGCUUUAAUCAAAUAAAUGUCACCAGUUCCCUCAUGUUUAUUGUUAGGUGAAUAUAAAUCGUGUUAUGUGAUGAUUCACUCGUUCUCUCUCUGUCGUGCAUUCUGUGAAAACAAAAUAAAAAUGAAGUAAAGGCA